AUGGCAUCACGAAAGAAGGUUCUCCUCAAGGUGAUUAUUCUUGGCGACAGUGGCGUGGGAAAAACCAGUUUGAUGAACCAAUAUGUCAACAAGAAAUUCAGUGGAAGCUACAAGGCCACCAUCGGAGCCGAUUUCCUCACCAAAGAAGUGCUUGUCGAUGACCGUCUGGUGACGAUGCAAAUCUGGGAUACGGCGGGUCAAGAACGGUUUCAGUCGCUGGGGGUCGCCUUCUAUCGGGGAGCCGAUUGCUGUGUCCUGGUCUAUGAUGUGAACAACUCCAAGAGUUUCGAAGCCCUUGACAGUUGGCGCGAUGAGUUCUUGAUCCAGGCGAGCCCGAGAGAUCCAGAGAGUUUCCCAUUUGUGGUCAUUGGCAACAAGAUCGACGUGGAAGAGAGCAAGCGAGUGAUCUCGUCGAAACGAGCCAUGACAUUCUGCCAAUCCAAAGGCAACAUUCCGUACUUCGAGACCAGUGCCAAGGAAGCGGUCAACGUGGAGCAGGCGUUUGAAGUCAUUGCUCGGAGCGCGCUCGCUCAGGAAGAGGCAGAGGAGUUCAGCGGGGAAUUCAGUGACCCGAUCAACAUCCAUCUGGACAAUGAGCGCGAUGGCUGUGCCUGUUGA